CCUCUCUUAUUAUUAUUAUUGCUGGGACCUUCAUCUUCCUCUCAAUCGACUUACUACUUUCCCCUCCCAUCGAUCAAUCUGUUGUAGAAGAAUUAAAAAACAAAACAGAACAGAACAAAAACACCGUCACAAUGGUCAAGGCCGUCGCUGUUCUCCGUGGUGACUCCAAGAUCACCGGCACUGUCACUUUCGAGCAGGCCAACGAAUCCGCCCCGACCACCGUCUCGUGGAACAUCACCGGCCACGACCCCAACGCCGAGCGUGGUAUGCACAUCCACCAGUUCGGUGACAACACCAACGGCUGCACCUCCGCCGGUCCUCACUACAACCCCUUCGGCAAGACUCACGGCGCUCCCACCGAUGAGGUCCGUCACGUUGGUGACCUGGGCAACAUCAAGACCGACGCCGAGGGUAACGCCGUCGGGUCCGUCCAGGACAAGCUGAUCAAGGUCAUUGGUGCGGAGAGCAUCCUGGGCCGCACUAUUGUCGUCCACGCCGGCACUGACGACCUCGGCCGUGGUGGCAACGAGGAGUCCAAGAAGACCGGUAACGCUGGUCCCCGCCCUGCUUGCGGUGUCAUUGGUAUUGCCGCCUAACUGACCGAAUCCACGCGUACUUCAUCCACCAAGUUGUAGCGGUGCUACGCCGGAGGACGUAAUGAGACAUGACCCGAGGAUAAUCGCGAGGAAAAGGCUCGUCAGUACCUAGUCUGUUAGCCUGAUCCAAUGAAUCCUAAGUCUUUUCAAUACCUUAUUAUGACUCUGUUUCUUCUGCUGUGUAGUUGUAAGUGACGAGUUAAGCGAUACUAUAAGUAUAGACCAUACAAAUCCGUGGUUGAUGGUGCCAUAAACGAUCUG